CAAAGAGAUGGAAGUUAUCGGGAGUUAAUGCAAUAACUUGAUUCUAAAAUUUAUAAUUGGAUUGGUGUUGAAGCUGAACAAGCAAUCCUCGCAUAACAAGACAGAGAUCAAAUCCAGAUGAGCAACGAUCUCCUGAUAUAGAAUCUAGCGGAGGACGUUCUAGGAAGUCCGGCCAGAGUGGCCGUUCCAACUACCUGGAGAUGUUCAGUCAGCAGCGUCUGCCGGCUCUGUUACGCAAUGUAGGUCCUGGACGGAAAAUCAGCAUGGCCAACCUGGCUGGUAAGAAGUCUGAGCAAAGCACAGAAUCAUUAGGAGAGGAAAACAGCAGUAAAUAUGUACCAAAGCCGUCUCCGGACAAGAAAUCAAGAAGAAUCUCUAGCAGUAAGCAACUUGACAUUGAUAUCUCACAGUUUACAAAGAUAAAAGGUGAUGUUGGUGCAAGGACACGUAACCGCCACCUCCCAUUUUCGGGAAUCUUGGCGUUGCACCUGUCUGGCGGAAGGAAAAUGGCACCGACGUUAGCCUCACGGAACCAGCUUCGAGAUUUGUAUUGUGUGAUAGAGAUCGAUUCCGUCCAUAAGGCACAGACGGCCACUGUGACAGGACGGGACGAGUUCUGCUGGGACGAGAGGUUCGAGAUAGACUUAGAGAGGGCGCAGGACAUGGGCAUCAUGGUGUACAGCUACGGCUGGAACCCGGAAGGCCGCCAAAAACUCUGCCACAAGUCACUCAUUAGAUUAACACAAAUUUUAAUACAUGCAAAGUCAAAAGAUGACACCUACAACUUAGCCAUCCGCAUGGAACCCCGCGGAAUCUUGUACAUUUCCAUGGCGUUUACAGAGAGACACGCAACGCUGAAGAGAGUACCGUCCCUUGAUAGGAGAGGUCUGUUUGGUGUUCCUCUAGAUGUAGUUGUACGGAGGGAAGGAUCACCAAGGUUAAUACCGAUCCUUGUUCAGAAGUGUAUUCAUGAGAUUGAAGUACGAGGGAUUAAUGUCAUUGGGAUCUACAGAGUGUGUGGAUCAGCCAAGAAGAAGAAGAAGCUGCAUGAUGAGUUUGAGACGGCGAGCGCUCUUGUGGAUCUCUCUUAUGACAACUAUCCUGAUAUCAACAUUAUUACAGGUGUAUUGAAGGACUAUCUGCGGGAGUUACCAGAUCCUUUGAUGCCUCCUGCCAUGGUAGAGAGGGUCAUGACGAUACUGUCUGGAUCCUCACCAGACGAUCCUGUAUGUAACGGAGAUGAUGCCCUCGCUGUCAUGGAUGUCGUUGGCCACAACAAACAGGAGACAGUGGAAUACAUCCUUGACCACCUGAAAAACGUCAUCAUCCACAGUGAGCGUAACAAGAUGACGCCCUACAACCUCGCCGUCUGCUUUGGUCCCGUCCUCAUGAGCUCUGGCAAGGAAGACGGGCGUGGAGGUCGAGGGUCGCGCGGCACAGCCGACGUCCGAGCAGAAAUCCCAAGAGGGGAUUCCAGGGAGAAAUCUGUGGAUUGUGCAGAGAAACAUAUAGAACUCCUGUCUUGUCUACUAGAAGUGUGGCCAGUUAGGAGAGGUCUGGAAACUGAUAACUCUGACAACUCUACUGCCAGCAAGGUGUCUGAUGAUAAACCAUCCUCAGACAAGCCAUCAUCAGAUGAACCAGUGGCUCCAGACAAUCAGGAGGAGGAUAGCUGUUAUCAUAGCAACGAUGACCUCAAUGAUGGUCCAGCUCCUGGUGAAGGGGAAGCCAGACAGAAGAAGGAGUCGGAUUCUUCAGAGGUCAACUGGGACUCUGAGAAUCUUGAAGUCUCUGCUUGUUAGAAGAAUCGGUGGCAGCGGUGGGAUGAUGAACCCAUGCUAACCCUUAACAUGGCAGAGAAUUAGCAGCUCAGUGCGAGUUAUGUGUAUUAAAGGAAACCCAAGGAGAGUUUCAAUCUUAUCGGAAAGAGCAAAAUGAGAGGAGCAAUUUGCUGCAAGUUUCAUCAAAAUCGGUUAUAGAAUAAUAAAGUUAAGGAAGUUUGAAAAGUCUUGCAAUACUUUCCUUAGGGAUCCUCAAAUUUAUUCUCUCCUUGGGUUUUGGUUUCUUGGAAGUGGUGCCAUUUGGCAACUUCUGCAUGUUAAGGGUUAAAUGGGUGGAAGCGGUAGGAUGGAGAAUCCACAUUAGAUGUAUGACGGCAGUUGGAUUAAGAUCCCUGCCAUUGAAAUUCCCUGAAUAACCAACAGAUGGUAUUCCAAUAUGGCCCCAAAACUUAAGAUUAGUGUAGACCCUUUAAACCAUGUCCAGGGUAGUGUGAUAUCUUUCUACUUAAGUCACAUAACAUGUUACCUUGAAGUAUUCAUUAUUUAAGCUUGUUCCUUGGUCUUGAAACUUGCCACUCGUUUCAAGAAAAAAGAAAAUCCCCUUAUUCUUUGUACUAGAAAAAUCCUACGUGUCCAUGAAUUAUAGAGGUUUCCAUGUAGAGUGUUCAAUGAAUCUUUGAUUAUUAUCAAUUAUUACCUACUCCAAUUGGAUUUCUUGCUUUAGAAUGAUGUCAUAGUUCCUGAGCAAAACAGUUGUAGAAGAGAAAUGUUUUCUUUUUAAAUAGUGAUUUUGAUGUUAUCUCUGGAAUAGCCUGCAGUGCAAUAGGGGCCUAAACUCUAGGCCUUGGUUUAUUUAGUUAAAACUUGAAAAUAGAUUAAGAUUGACUCUCACAUUGUCAACGAAAACUGAAUGACGUGCAAUUGUAACAGUUGUAAUGCUUCAAGAUAACCUCUAUGUGCAGCUGCACUCAAGACAUUCAAAGAAUUGCCUUGGGGACGAAGGAUGAAAUACUGUAGAUGGAAAGGGAAAACCCCUCUCUGUUAUAUGUAUUCAUGGAGCAUGGAAGGCGAGACAUGACCUGAAUAAACUUGUUAUUACUACCAAGGGGAUUAUCAUCAAACUCCUAGUUAGCACACGUGGGUUUUAAUUUGAGUUCAGCCAAUAAACGAGGUUCAAAGAAAUUGGUGUAUUUAAAGAAACUAGGGAAAUUUCAUGAGCUACUUGUAAAGUUACCCAUGACAUCAUCACUUGGAUAUGCCAAGGAAUGGGUGAUAUUUACUCCUUCAUUUAAUUGUACCGUUUGAAGUUCAAAUUUAUAGGUACAAUAAAACAUCGUU